AUGAACUUCAUGGAAAUUGUCUUCAAAUCCAACAAAUCUGAAACAUUACAAAUUGAAAGCAGAUAUAAUUUCACAACUAUUGCUCUUUCUCCUAAUGGAUAUUUAUUAUUUGCUGUAAAUGAAGUUGGUGAAGGAUAUCUAUUUAAUUUAACAAGAAAAAUAUUAUUUUAUCGACACCAUUUUAAGAGACCAGUAAAAGAUGUGCAAUUUAGUCCUAAUGGCAGGUAUAUUGCUGUUACAAAGGAAAAUAUUGUAUUUGUAUAUAAAAUUCCAACUUCCAACACAAAAGAAUAUAAUCCAUUUAUUUUAGAUAGAGUAUUUUCUGCAUCUUGUGAUGAUACAAUGUGUUUAGAUUGGUCAUCAGAUUCACAAGUUCUUGCUGUUGGCAGCAAAGAUUUGACAACCAAAAUUUAUGCAGUAAAUAAAUUUUCUAAUUUAUCUGUGUAUACAUUAGGAAGUCAUAAAGAUACUGUAAUAAGUUGUUUCUUUGAAGAAAAUUCAUUAGAUUUAUAUACUCUAAGUCGGAAUGAUCAACUCUGUGUUUGGGAAUGUAGCAUUGAUUUAGAUGGUCUUAUACCAAAUAAAAAAGAAGAAAAAAUACAGGAGAUAGAAGAAUUAGAAACAGAUAAUGAUGAACAUUCAGAAAAGCAAGAUGAAUCAAUGGAAUCGUCUGAGAAAGUAUAUUAUAAACGUCUUGCAAGAUAUAAUUUGAAAGACAACUUAAAGGCUACUGGUUAUGUGACACUUACAUCUGCUGCUUAUCAUAAAAAAUCUCAUAUUUUAGUAGUUGGAUUUUCUGUGGGCAGCUUCAUUCUUCUUGAAANUGGAAUACGUCCCGCUAUGUUGACCCCCUCCAGAAAAACCAAACCACCUGAGAGAAAGAAAAUUGUUUUGUCUCUGCCAAUUCAAAUUGUUUUUGUUUAUAAAGAAAGUUUAUUAUUAUUUUUCUAUAGUGUAUCAGACCAAGCUAUUUCUUCUCUUGCUUUCAAUUGUACAGGUGAUUGGUUAGCAAUAGGAUGUAGUGAUUUGGGUCAGCUUGUUAUAUGGGAAUGGCAAAGUGAAUCUUUUGUUCUAAAACAGCAAAAUCACUUUAAUAAUUUGAAUUGUUUAUCUUAUUCACCAAAUGGUCAGUAUAUAGCUACAGGUGGAGAAGAUGGAAAGAUUAAAGUUUGGAAUGUGUCAAGUGGAUUUUGUUUUGUAACUUUUACUGAACAUACAAGUGGAAUCACAGGUAUUACAUUCACAAAUAAAAGUACAACAAUAGUAUCAGCUUCACUGGAUGGAACAGUGAGAUUAUUUGAUUUGCACAGGUAUCGUAAUUUUCGAACAUGUACGUCCCCCAAAUCAAAUCAAUUUGUGUGUCUUGCUGUAGAUCCACUUGGUGAAAUAAUAUGUGCUGGUUCAAAAGAUUCAUUUGAAAUUUUUGUAUGGUCUGUAAAGAAUGGUCAUUUAUUAGAUAUUUUGGCAAGUCAUGAAGCACCAAUCAGUUCACUAUCUUUUAGUCCAAAUCAAUCUAUUAUGAUAAGUGGUUCUUUAGAUAACACUAUUCGUAUAUGGGAUAUUUUUGAAAGAAAAGGAAGACAAGAAGCAAUUACAAUGUUAUGUGAUGUUUUAGCUGUUGAAUUUAGACCAGAUGGCCAAGAGUUUGCUGCAGCAACAAUUAAUGGUCAAAUUUCAUUUUUUAAUACUGAAUCCAAUACUCAAGUUGGUAGUAUUGACAGUAGAGAUUUAGAGGUUGGCCGCAAGGAUUCUGAUUUCAUUACAGCAAAAAAAUUACAAGCAGCAGCUUUUUUUACAACUUUAUGUUAUACAAGUGAUGGUGAUUAUUUAUUGGCUGCUGGAAAAUCUAAAAAUGUUUGUAUAUAUCAUGUUAAGGAACAGAUUUUAUUUAAAAAAUUUGAAAUAACUGGUAACCAUUCUUUUGAUGGCAUUGAAUCUUUUAUCAGUCAAAGAAAGAUGACAGAAUUUGGAAAUAAGGCUCUGAUAGAAGAAAGAGAUGACGAAUCAAAUCUUGCAAUAAGUCUUCCAGGUGUAAGAAAAGGAGAUAUGGCUGCAAGAGCAUUUAAACCAGAAAUAAAAGUUUCAGGAAUUCAGUUUUCUCCAACUGGUCGUUCAUGGGCAGCUACUACAACAGAGGGUCUUUUGAUAUAUUCUCUUGAUUGUACUCUUGUAUUUGAACCAUUUAACCUUGAAGAAGAUAUUACCCCUUCCUCAAUACGACAAUUGUUACAAGAAGAAAAUUUUUCUGAUGCCUUUAUAAAUGCACUUCGAUUGAAUAAACCUUCAAUAAUAAUUGAAGUUAUGGAAACUAUUCCUGUGAAUAAUGUGGAAGUCAUAGCUAAAUACAUGCCUCAUAUAUAUGUUGAAAGAUUAUUAAACUUUCUUGCUGAUCAUUUGGAUAAAACAAAACAUAUUGAAUUUUAUUUGACAUGGGUGAAAGAACUUCUCACUUCUCAUGGAAUCAUGUUGAAAGAAAGAUCAUCCCAAAUGUCAUCUACAUUUUGCACCUUACAAAAAAUAUGUAUGCAAUAUAUUGAAGAUCUGGGAAAAAUAUAUUUAACUGUAUUCUUUGUUAACACAUGGAAUUUAUGCUAUUAUCAAGUUUCACUAGUGAAGAAUGAUAACUUAUCUGAUCCUAGUCGUUCAUGGGCAGCUACUACAACAGAGGGUCUUUUGAUAUAUUCUCUUGAUUGUACUCUUGUAUUUGAACCAUUUAACCUUGAAGAAGAUAUUACCCCUUCCUCAAUACGACAAUUGUUACAAGAAGAAAAUUUUUCUGAUGCCUUUAUAAAUGCACUUCGAUUGAAUAAACCUUCAAUAAUAAUUGAAGUUAUGGAAACUAUUCCUGUGAAUAAUGUGGAAGUCAUAGCUAAAUACAUGCCUCAUAUAUAUGUUGAAAGAUUAUUAAACUUUCUUGCUGAUCAUUUGGAUAAAACAAAACAUAUUGAAUUUUAUUUGACAUGGGUGAAAGAACUUCUCACUUCUCAUGGAAUCAUGUUGAAAGAAAGAUCAUCCCAAAUGUCAUCUACAUUUUGCACCUUACAAAAAAUAUGUAUGCAAUAUAUUGAAGAUCUGGGAAAAAUGUUUGGAGAAGCAGAAGAAGACGAAGAAGAAGAAGAAGAAGAAAUAAUGAAGAUUUCCUAG